UUGCUUGAGCAGUUACAGUUAAAAGCUGUGAAAGAUUUCCAUAUCGUUGAUUCACUUGGGCAAAAUUCACUGGUCAAGGAGCACGAUCUGUUUUCGUGGUGGAGUCCAGCAUCGUGGUUUCGUUUAGCACUGGAAUGCAUGCAUCUCAAUAUUGAGAUACCCUGGUGGCUAACAAUUAUGUGUGCUACGAUCAGUUUACGUAUGUUAUUGAUAUUUGUACCAAUUGCAUCACAUCGACUUAUGGGAAGAAUACAGCAAUACAAGCAAGAAAUUGAUGAAUAUAAGGGACGAGUAGAAGAGGCCCAGAAAAGCGGAAACUUUUUGCGCGACAUCAAAUUAUAUCGUCAGUUUCUGAUCAUGAGUCUUAAUGGUGCUAUUUUUAUGACGCAAUUUAUUGCAGUGAAAAAAAUGUCCGAUAUCAGUUUUCCUGGUUGGAAUACCGGUGGACUGUAUUGGUUCAAAGAUCUGACUGCGCCUGAUCCAUAUUUUGUACUUCCGCUGAUCUCAGCUGUUACUGUUGCUGCUGUUUUCAAAGUAAGCGUUCUUUUGUCAUCCAAUGAAACUUUAUCAUAA